GAUGGCAUCGCAUGGGAUUUUGUUGGCUUUACUUCUUGUGCUCUCUUGCUUAUCCCAAACCUCCUAUGGGAUUGUCCUCUUUUCUUCUCUCAAGGAUAGUCUCUUUGUCACCGCUUCACACACAGAAAACCAGGUUCUGAAAGCAGGGAUAGACAAGCUCACCGUUUCAUGGGGUCUAAACCAGAGCUACGAAGCCGGCACCGACUCAACCUUCAAGACCAUCAAGGUCAAGUUAUGCUUCGCGCCGGUGAGCCAAGUCGACCGCGGGUGGAGGAAGACCGUGGACAACCUCGCCAUGGACAAGACAUGCCAGUUCAAGAUCGUCGAAAGGCCGUACACCAGCAACAAGUCCAACGACAGCUUCGACUGGAUCAUCGAGCGCGACGUGCCGGGCGCCACCUACUUCGUACGCGCCUACGCUUUCAACGCCGCGGGUCAGGAGGUGGCUUACGGUCAGACUACCGACACUAAAAAGACCGCCAACUUGUUUGUGGUCGAGGGAAUCACCGGGCGCCACCUGUCGCUUGACAUUGCUUCGGUUGUCUUCAGUGCUUUCUCGGUUUUGUCCCUGGCUGGUUUCUUUAUUGCUGAGAAGAGAAGGGCAAAGUCGUCAUAAAAGAAAUAUGCAGCGGUCAAGUUGGUCAAAUGCUGGAUUAUAAUUUGCAUGUUUUGAGUUUAUUUUCUCUUUAUUUUUUUUUAUUUAAAGAAAAAAGGGUAUGUUAGAGUGACAAAUAGUAAUGUUUACUUACUUGAAAAAAAUGUGAUUGUACUUUUCGAUGCAAACGCUAUAAAAUUUCAGACGUUAGAGUAAACGCAUAA